AUGGCUCCUGGUCGGAAGCGGGGAGCAAACAGGCAGCAACCAACAGAAGUUGGUGAGCAGAAAAAGAAGAGGAUCAAGUCUGAUACAGAUUCUGCUGCAUCUAUGAGGAAUCAACUUGACCAAGCUGCAAGCCUGAAAGGACAGCAGGUUGCUGCUAGGGUAAAAUCAGAUGAUGAAAAGGAUGAGUGGUUCGUCGUGAAGGUCAUACAUUUCGAUAAGGAAACAAAAGAGUAUGAAGUACUUGACGAAGAACCAGGUGAUGACGAAGAGAGCACCCAAAAGUAUGAGAGGAAGUACAAGUUGCCUAUGUCUUCCAUGAUUCCAUUUCCAAGGAAGGGGGAUCCUUCGAGUGCCCCAGAUUUUGGGCAGGGUCGACAAGUUUUAGCGGUUUAUCCUGGCACAACAGCAUUAUACAGAGCUACCGUAGCUUCUCAUCGCAAGUGUGGGCAUAUGGCUCAGCUUUGGAGGACCAUGGAUCAGAGGACUGGAGGGGGAGUUUCCUUGCUAGAGGCCUUGUUGCCUCAUGGAGUCAGAGUAGCGUGUUGGUGGCGUGGUGUUGGUGCCAGACUACCACAGCUACGAUCGCGUCAUUGGGAUGCCGGAGUAGGGAUGGGAGAGAAGCCAGGUGAGAUGGUGCAGGCGUUGGUGCUGUCAUGGACUCGUGUCUCGCAUGCAGCGGCGGCGCUGGGGGCUUGGUCGCUAGGUUAG